AUGGCGGAAGCUACAAUGGUAGAACGUCCUCAUGAUAUUUAUUUUUGUCACGAGUGUAUGAGAGAGGUUCAGCUGAAUAUCCCGGCUCUCACUUGCUCAAGAUGCAACAGCGAGUUUGUAGAAGAAAUGGAGAGCAGGCCAGCUCCGCCGCCCCAGUCAUCUGCUGAUUCCCGUAGCACAGAUCCUGCAUUGCAGUUUGCUGAGCUGCUAAACACAUCACUCUUUGAACUUAUAAGAUCGACUGGAGGUCCCCAGUUGCACCGCCACAGAUACAACACUCGUUCUUCAGUUAGACAUGAUGAUGCUGACAGUGAGGAUGAUGAGAUGCUGGGUGUGGCACCUAGCGCUGUCUUUCAUAUCAAUUCUGGAGACCCUCAGCAGGCGGGUCAACAAAGCCUUCCAUGGGUGAAAUCAUUUGUCUUAUUUAGAAAAUUAAAAAUCAUCAAUUAUGUAAUACAACGCCUCGGCAGUGACCUUGGAGGAGGACGCAGUCCAUUGAGAAUUUUGCAUGCAAAUCCAGGAGAUUAUGCUUGGGGGCCAAGCGGACUUGACGCCAUAAUUUCACAGCUUUUGAAUCACCUAGAAGGAACAGGUGCUCCACCAGCACAGAAGGAUAAAAUAGAUAACUUGCCACGAAUAACCAUUGAGCAAAUCCAUAUUGAAAACACUCUCCAGUGCUCUAUAUGUAUGGAUGACUUUGAGCUAGCCAUGGAGGCAAGAAAACUACCCUGUGAUCAUCUGUACCAUUCAGAAUGUAUAGUCAAAUGGUUGGAAAUGCACGGAACAUGCCCUGUUUGUAGGAAAGACUUGAAUGGGGAAGAUACCUCAACGCACGAUUCAGACUACACUACUGGCUUCCAGCAACCCACGGGUGAAGGUAACGGUGCUACUUCUUCCUCUUCUACUUCCAUGGGACCUUCAACGUCGUCAUCCUUUAGGGACCUGUGGAGAAAUUAA